AUGGGUUUAGUUCAAGGUCACAUCCAGGAGGACAACCAGGAUACCAUGAGCAGUCACGAGGUGUUACAUCCAGGACAGUUGUAUGGAAUGGUCUUGAAAGAAGCCUUAGAUGUGAGCAUGUUGCAGACCCGGGCCUACAUCAAAAAGACCUGCGAUCCAAAUUCCAGAGGCAGAAAGCUUAGCUUGGUGGAGUAUGUGAAUGACAAAGAAGUCUUGAGGAGGGCCUUCACACAGAGCUGUGACGUGCAAAAGAGACUGGAGAACUUCCUGGCCACGGGCAAUGUGAAAUCCCGCAGCGGCCUGGAUUUGCUCCAAGUCUCCGGCUUCACAGUGGUGGCCGACAAGCUGAAUCAGGCCCGAUACAGCUCACAUUUCGCUGCAGUGCAUCGUGGUCAAUAUUUUGCUGAGAUGAAGACCACCACGGUGCGAAAGCUGCUGCCGGAAACCUGGGGCUUUCUCUGUCCAGUGCACACGCCGGAUGGCUCUCCGUGUGGUUUGCUGAAUCACUUGGCACACAGCUGCAAACCGGUUGUGAAACCUGUGUUGGAGCAAGAGAUCUCAGCGGUAUUGCAGGCCCAAGACAUUCCCGAAGCCAUGGAGGUUUGCUUCGCUUUUCCAGCAAGCCACGGAGCUGAUGACAAAGGCGCUGGCAACCGCGAGGAACAGUUUGAAAAGGAGGCCUUCGAGAAACUGAAGGAGCAGCCACCGCCACCGACGCUCAUCUUCACACUUCGACCUGGCCGGUCAUGGCUGCAACCACUGUGA